GUUCAGAUGAUCCACGCAGGAUGCAGCGGCACAGUGAUUCAUCGGCUAUCCCAGAAUUAUCUGCUCAUCUCCAUCGAGCCUUAGAUCGUGGCCCACUCCUCAUCCCCAGUGCCCUACAACAGCAGCAGCAACUAGCUCCACGGCAACUACAUCACAGAAGAAGUAGUGCAGAAACACUGGUGGCAAAAGUUCUCCAAGAUGAAGGCUUGAACCGAUGGGUAGAUCCUCAGUGUUUACAAAGAGAAAUCGCUGAAGCGACAAACAUGACACAUGAGGAAAUGAAUGUGGCCGCCAGAGAAAUCAUCAGACGUUCCAGGCACAUGGACUCUAGUUACCAUGACAACGAUAAUCUAUCAGCAGCGUCACUUACAGACGUCUCAGCUCGGCACAGACAAUCUCCCGCUGGCUAUCAGCAGCAUGAAAUGCAGGAUCGGACACACUAUUUCCCCUCAGACUCCAUAGACAAACAGGCAGUGGUAAAUGUGACAACUUUAUAG